AUACACGACCUAUUCCCACAGACUUUUUAAGAAGCUUGGAAUUCCUGGGCCUAAACCUCUCCCUCUUUUUGGAACUGUUUUGUCCUACAGGAAGGGUAUGUGGAAAUUUGACCUAGAGUGCCAUAAAAAGUAUGGAAAAAUAUGGGGGUUGUAUGACGGUACACAGCCUGUGCUGGCCAUCACAGAACCAGAUAUGAUCAAAACAGUUCUAGUUAAAGAAUGUUAUUCAUCCUUCACAAACCGGCGGACACUUGGUCCAGUAGGAUUUAUGAGAAAAGCAGUCUCCAUAUCUGAGGAUGAAGAAUGGAAGAGAAUACGAACACUGCUGUCUCCAACCUUCACCAGUGGAAAACUCAAGGAAAUGUUCCCCAUCAUUAAACAGUACGGAGAUGUGUUGGUGAAAAACCUGAGGUGUGAGGCAGAAAAAGGCAAGCCUGUUAACUUGAAAGAUCCUCUUUCCAUUCCUCACUCCACUGUACGAGUUGCUAAGUAUCUCCAUUUUUCCACGAGAUUCUUUGAAAUUUUUCACAAAAUUUGUAAAAAAGAUGAAAGAAAAUCGCCUGGAACCUAACCAGAAGCACCGAGUGGACUUUCUUCAGCUGAUGAUGAACUCCCAGAAUACUAAAGAGACAGAGUCCCAUAAAGCUCUGUCUGAUAUGGAGAUCUUGGCCCAAUCAAUUAUUUUUAUUUUUGCUGGCUAUGAGACCACUAGUAACACUCUGGCUUUCAUUAUGUAUACAUUGGCCACCCACCCUGAUGUACAGAAGAAACUGCAGCAGGAGAUUGAUAAAACUUUGCCCAAUAAGGCAUUUCCUACAUAUGAUGUGAUGAUGGAGAUGGAAUAUCUGGACAUGGUGGUGAAUGAAACUCUCAGAUUAUACCCAGUUGCUAACAGAAUUGAGAGGAUGUGUAAAAAGGAUUUAGAGAUUAAUGGAGUGUUCAUUCCCAAAGGGACAGCGGUGAUGGUACCAAGCUUUGCUCUGCACCGAGAUGCAAAGUACUGGCCAAAACCUGAUGAGUUCCAACCUGAAAGAUCCCUCUGACAUUAGGAACGGACGCUAUUCUUCAGCCAGAAAAACCCAUUAUUCUGAAGGUUUUGACAAGCGAUGAGACCAUAAGAGGAGCCUGAUUUUCCCUAUGGUUUUCUGCUAUGCUUUUUAGGAAGACCUUUAACUUACUUUUGAAUAAAACCCAGAUGAAGAUGGGCUUAAUAAACUGUCCUUGAAAAGUU